AUGGCUAGUGGUGAUUGCAGCAAUAAGAAGAAGCCAGUAAAGAUUGUGAUUAUCACUACACAAUAUGUGGAAACCGAUGUCAUGAAUUUUAAGUCUGUUGUGCAGAAGCUAACUGGUAAGCAUUCUUCUGAUGACCGUGUUGAUGAUGAAGCUACAGAAAGUAAAAAAGUUAAGAGAAAAAGAUAUAAUUUAAGUGAGUUUGAUGAAGCAGCUGCUUGUGAAAAUGAUCAUGAUGGAAGAAGCUCUUUUAUUAUAAGUGAUUCUUUGUUGAAUGAGUGUGACUUGUUGCUUAGAGAGAUGCAGACAAACAACCACUUUAUGUUUGACUCACAAAUUUAA